CAUCACUAUUGAUUUAGCUCUACCGCUGCUUUCUUUUGCAUUAUUGCACAACUUUCCUCAAAUACGUGCUAUACUUCACAAGAAGUGGUAUCAAAUAUUUAAACUAUUACUCUAUAAUUUGGAUUACUGACUGAUCUAAAUUCUAAUGGAGUCGAGCGCUGAACGCCGCCUGAGAUUGAUUCAGACCCAUCUCAUUCCCGACCUCGAUGAAUCUUCGUUUCCGAUCUCUGCCAAUCCCACCGCCGGUGAAUUCUUUAUCGCAUCUUUAUGGGUUCCUCUACUUUGUCGAAGACGACUCCCUUGAAAUACCUCCUCUUUGUUACUAAAAUAACUUAUCUUUCUCCCAUUUGUGUGUGCGCGCCGAGGAAGGAAAGAUCGGAUUGGUGGUUGUAAUUGGACGGACAAAGAAAGCUCUCCCAGAAUAUUGUUUACAAGCGAUUCGGUUCAUUGAUUGCAUGGUUGAUUGCACAAAGUUUGAAAAUUAAAAUAUCCUAAUACUUUAGUACUCCCUCCGUCCCGCGGCGUCUCAAGUGAGAUGCUCAUUUUGGGCAUGAGAUUUUAGAAAGUUUUGUUUAGUGGUUAAAAAAAGUCAUCAUAAAAUAGGACAAAAGUAAGAGACUAAGUAGGAGAGAGAAUAAAGUAAGAGAGAUAAAAAGAUGUUGGUUUUACCCAAAAAAAUGAAAAGCGUCACUUGAAUUGGGGCGAUCCAAAAAGGAAUACGAAUCACUUGAGGUGGGACGGAGGGAGUACUAAAAAACUGGUUGGACGGGCUUAUGCCCCCCUAAUCCCUUUCUACGAAAAUAAGCGGAUGUGCUAAAGUUACUUUUAUUUAGAUGUUAGAGAAGGAUUAAUGAGAUUAAUUGAGAACAAAUGACGUUUCUAGAUUUGCUACAUUAUUGGAUUCUUCUAAGCUUCUCUUCUUUGAGGAUAUUUUAUAUACGUUCAUCUGCACAUUGGUUAGGAAAUCCUGAAUCAGAAUGCCUCAACUUGCAAAGACCAGAAGUACAGUGUAGUUCUUCCAGAGAGAUUGCAAAUGGGGAAGUGGAAUGUGUACAGAUCUGCCCGUUCUCCAUUGAAGCUUGUUGAUAGAUUCCCUGAUCAUCCAGAGAUUGGCUCGUUGCAUGAUAUUUUUGUACACUCAGUUGAAAGUUUCCAAGACUACAAAUAUUUGGGUACACGCAUACGGAUAGAUGGGACUGUUGGAGAUUACAAAUGGAUGACAUAUGGAGAGGCAGGUACUGCUCGAUCAGCAAUAGGUUCAGGACUUCGGCAUCAUGGAUUACAAUCAGGAGCCUGUGUUGGACUUUAUUUUAUCAAUAGGCCAGAAUGGAUGGUUGUGGAUCACGCCUGCUCAGCAUUUUCGUACAUAUCAGUUCCUUUAUAUGACACCCUUGGUCCUGAUGCUGUUAAGUAUAUUGUGAAUCAUGCUGAGAUACAGGCCAUUUUCUGUGUGCCAAGUACCUUAAACACUCUACUAAGGUUCCUGUCAGAGAUUCCUUCUGUACGUGUAAUAGUGGUAGUUGGAGGGGUAGAUGAACAUCUACCAUCUCUACCAUCUGCUACAGGAGUCAAGCUUGUUUCAUACACAAUGCUACUUAGUCAGGGUAGCAGUAACAUGCAUCCAUUUUGCCCUCCCAGACCUGAAGAUGUAGCCACUAUAUGCUAUACGAGUGGUACCACUGGCACACCAAAGGGAGUUGUUCUAUCGCAUGGAAACUUGAUAUCAAGUGCUGCUGGCAUGACCCUUUCAAUCAAAUUUUAUUCCUCCGAUAUUUACAUAUCUUAUCUUCCCUUGGCACACAUCUAUGAACGAGCUAAUCAAAUCAUGUCAGCAUAUUAUGGAGUUGCUGUUGGCUUCUACCAGGGGGAUAACUUGAAAUUGAUGGAUGACUUAGCUGCUCUAAGGCCCACUAUAUUUUCCAGUGUUCCUCGUCUAUACAACAGAAUAUAUGCUGGAAUAACUAAUGCUGUUAAGUCUUCUGGUGUGCUGAGAGAGAGGUUAUUUAAUGCAGCCUACAAUUCCAAGAGACAAGCUGUAAUGAAUGGUCGAAAGCCAUCACCUAUGUGGGAUAGUCUGGUGUUCAAUAAGAUAAAGGAUAAACUUGGUGGCCGUGUUCGUUACUUGACGUCAGGUGCUUCCCCGCUGUCUCCUGAUGUGAUGGAGUUCUUGAGGGUGUGCUUUGGCUGCCCAGUGAUUGAAGGAUAUGGCAUGACAGAAACUUCAUGUGUCAUCAGCACUAUGGAUGAGGAUGACAACCUAACUGGUCACGUUGGGUCUCCCAACCCUGCAUGUGAAAUAAAGCUAGUUGAUGUUCCCGAAAUGAGUUAUACCUCAGAGGAUCAACCUCAUCCUCGUGGGGAGAUCUGUGUCAGAGGACAUAUCAUUUUCCAAGGCUACUAUAAAGAUGAAGUUCAGACGAGAGAAGUGGUUGAUGAUGAAGGUUGGCUGCAUACAGGAGAUAUUGGACUAUGGCUACCAGGUGGGCGCCUCAAGAUUAUUGAUAGGAAAAAGAAUAUUUUCAAGCUGGCGCAGGGCGAAUACAUAGCACCUGAGAAAAUUGAGAAUGUGUAUGCAAAAUGUAAAUUUGUUGCACAAUGCUUUGUGUACGGUGAUAGCUUGAACUCCUAUUUAGUUGCUGUGAUCUGUGUGGAUCCUGAUGUGUUAAAGGAGUGGGCGGCAUCAGAAAAUAUCAAGUAUGAAGAUCUAGGGCAACUUUGUGCUGAUCCAAGAGCAAAGGCUGCUGUACUUGCUGACAUGGAUGCUGUCGGAAGAGAAGCUCAGUUAAGGGGUUUUGAAUUUGUGAAAGCCAUAACCUUAGUGCCCGAGCCGUUCACUUUGGAGAAUGGCUUGUUGACUCCAACAUUUAAGGUAAAACGCCCUCAAGCAAAAGAAUAUUUUGCGCAAGCAAUAGCUCGCAUGUACGCGGAGCUUUUGACAUCUGAUCCAACCGGUGCUCCACAAAAAAUGUUCUGACAGUCUCAGUUUCACACUACCCUUGGGUUACAAUACUCUAUACAUCUUAAUGCAAAAACUAUACUAAUAUCCAAUAAUUCGAAACUCAUCAUCCAAUCUUUCAGUCUCUAAAAUCUCAAUUAUGUGUGUUUCUUUUGUUCAGUCUCUUGAUUGUGGAGGGCUUUCAUCUUAGAAUAAGUUGGAUUUGGUCUGUUGAUAUU